GAUCUUCAUUUGAGGAGCUUGCCCUCGGGAGGAAAGGCGCCAUUUUGCAGGUGCCAGAAAGUAGGUAGAAGGUUUAGUGUGGAGAGUUGCAGCUGCAAUUCACAAACCAGCAAAGCUUAGGGAGUUGGUAAGGAUGACAAGAACCAGAUUGUUUGGUCAAAGAGGAGGAUGCUUUGGCCCCAACUUUGAUGACCAUUGAUGGGACAGAUUACUUGUUAUGCCCAUUUGUAGGUUGUCUCCUGGCUCUUUGAUGUAGAGAGGUGCUUUGGCUUGGAACAUAGCUUGCACGCAGCAUCCGGUAUUUAUCUCCAACUGUUGGAGGUGCAUUCUCCUGACUAGGCACGCUGCUUCUCAUGUUUAGGAAAAAAACGGAUAUAGGAUUUGGUGAGUUGUGGAGGUAGAGAAUGCCACAGGGAACUCGGAAAUGCGGGUGCCCCGCACGAUGGUGCAGCUGUGGGGGCACUGUAAACAAGAGCGAGCUUAGAACAAAAACAAAAGUGGCUGCGGUUAGGAAAGCUGCUUCUGCGGCACCACCCAUAGGAAAACCAAUUCAGUCCGACAGUGCUACAAAAGCUCAGGAAGGUGUUGCGAAAGUGGCUGCAGCAGUUGAAGAUUCAAAGAAGAAUCUGCUGGUAGGGAGGCCGUCUGCAAAGUUGCAAAAUGAAGUUGAGCCAGCUUUGCAGAGGAGCGAGGGGGAUGCGAAGUUGAUCAAAAAGCCACUCCUUAAGCGGGGACGGUCGUCAGCAAAAUCUUUAGGCUUGGACGCCAUUGCUGGCCAAUCGUUAGACAAAGUUAAGCCAGAAUUCGGAGAAAACAUUAAUGUUUCUGAUAAGCAACCAGCAAACAAGGUUCACAAGAGCCACAAGAAAAAGGUGCUUGUCGGUGCACCAGUACCCCCCCGGCCAAUUCUUAGACAAAGAGCAACUGACUUCAAAGAGAUUGAAAAGGUCCAGGAUGGAGAGGGGAAUGAGCAGGAAGACAUGGGAACCAAGAAGAUUGUAGUCCCAGUUAGCACUGGCAGGCUGAGAAGCAGGAUCAAGACUCAAAUCGCAAGGAUCAGACGGGAGGAGGCACUCCUGGAAGCAUACUCAGGAAGCCACGAGAAGUUGCGACCCGAGGAGGAGCUCCUACGAGCGCGCAGUCAGAUUCAUCGUUCCAAGCUGGCUAUCAGGGGAGCAGUGCAGGAGUUGGAGGUUCUCAUGAACCAUGAGAUUGCAGAGAUGGCUCAGAAGAAAGAGAGGGGACGCAGGAAGCACGAACAGGUAAACUGCGCUGUCUGUCAAACUGGGCACGUCACCACCAGCAAUGACAUCCUGCUCUGCGACGGGGGCUGUGAACGCGCCUUCCACCAAUACUGCUUGGAGCCGGCAAUUACACCCGACAAAAUGCCCGCCGACGAGGAGAGCUGGCUGUGCCCCGCCUGCGACGUAAAGCUUGACUGCAUACACGCCAUCAACAAGCAGUUUGGCACCAAGCUACUCAUGACCAGCUCCUGGCAGGACGUGUUCUCUGAGGAAGCUGAACAAGAAGCCGCAGGCACGUCCCCCAAGGUGCCGCAAAGCUCUGAGUGGCCGUCCGAUGACUCAGCUGAUGAGGACUACGAUCCCGACAAAGAGGACAGCGGGGCAAAAGAGGGGGACAGUGAAGGGGAAGAGACGGUGCCUGGAACAGAGGACCAAGCCAGCCGAGAUUCGGACACUUCGGACGACGAUAUGGACGAGGAGAUCAGCGAGGAGGAGGCGAAGGCUCUUUUGGAGGAGGUUGGUCCGGAUGCUAUCGGCACUGAGCCCGCAGAGGUGGAGGAGAGGCCAGAGGAUCUCAUCAUCGAGGGGAAGCGGAGGAGGACGCCAGUCGAUUACAGGAUACUCAAUUUCGCCUUGUUCGGGUUCGAUGACGUCACUGACGACUCCGACGAGGACGAGGAGGGAGCGGCCAAGAAACGCCGGACAAAAAACGCGCUGGAGGAGCCCCUCUUCACCACCGACGUCACGGGGGCUCCGCGACCAAAAGCUGACGUCGGCCCGCCGCAGAACGACGGGGCGCUUCCUCAAGUUAAGCAGGAGGCGGAAGUAGAAACGAUAGUCGCGGCGGCUGGGGACGCGGACACGGGGACAAAAGAAAGGGAAGGGGAAGGGGCUGAGCCUCGGGAAGCAGAAGGUAUGAAAGCGGAGGUUGAGAGAGCUGUGGAGGUCAAGAUAGAAGCGGUGGAGAGUGGCGAGGAAGAGAAACCAAACGGCGUGCUGGAGGCGGCUGGAAAUGCACGGACAGAGCAGGCGAGGGCUUCGAGGUAUCGACCGGAGCUGGAGGACGUUGCUUACAAUGUGUUGAAGACCUCCUUUUUGGAGAACCAGUUGCCGAGCUUGGAAAAGAAGCAAGAGCUGUGUGAACAGCUCAAGCUGCCCAUUGAUCAGGUCAACCGCUGGUUCCGUGGUUACCGCCACAAGGUUCUCACGGCCCUUAACCGUCCGCCCGACCCCGAGUCCCAAGCCCCGGGCUCCAAGUAUCCCCCCUGGAGUUUGAACGAAGUCGCAUCCGAAGAGGCGGUCGAGAGAGACCGGCGCGUGAACAUGGUGCUCAAGUCCACGGGAAAGCUCCGCGCAGCGCUGGCGAAAGCCGCGGAGCUCCGGCAAGUCGCGCGGGAGAACGGGGAAGAGAGCUCGGAAGCCGACUCGCCGCGAUGCGCGGAGGGCCGGGGGAUCCUCGCCCGGCUGAAACGGAAGGCGGAGGGGCCGGAGGGCUUUGCCGCGAAGAAAGGGAAGCGCACGGCGUUCGGAAACGCGGGCGCGGACAAGAGCGACGAAGCGCGCGUGCUGCAGAGCACGCUGCAGAGGCUCGCGGCGCUCGACACGCGACCGCUCUCGGUGAACGGGAACCGGAUGGGCCGGCCGCCGAUCCGGAUGAUCGAGCUCAUGGCCGAGGUGGAAAACCUGCACGGGGGGCAGCUUCCGGAAUUGCUCGCCAAGCACGGGGGGGUAAAAAAGCCGGGUGCCCGGCCACCCACGCUGCUGCAACAGAGCCUGAUGCGCGGCCGGCGCGAGCUAGGCGCGGACAGCGUCGGCGAGGACUCGCAGGGUUUGGAGGGUUCGGACGGGUCCGGGUCGUGGGGCUCCGGACGGAAGAAAGUGCGGGACGAGUCGGGGGCUGCGGGAGAAGGGGUGGACGAUGCGCUGCCGCGGAUGGGAGCGCCAAAGCUGCUGAAGGAGGAACCGCGGCUACAAAGAGGCGGGAGCUUCAACAGCAACCAGUCGUUCGACGAAGACGAGUCUGGGCUGGAAGACUCCUGGGUCGCGGCGCUCGACAAGCGCCCCUUUUCCAAGAACGGCAAGCGCAUGGGGCGCCCCUCGCGGCAGGUCAAGGAGGCCAUCCUCCAGUUCCGGCGAGAGAAGCACGCCGCCAUGGGUCUGCCAGACGAUGCUGGAAUGGAUGGCGCGUCUGCCGGAACGGAAUCCACCGAGGAGCGGGCGAGAGCGCCCGGGGACGCGUUACCGGCCAAGAACGGCGUGCUGCCGCGAUUCUCGAAGUCGGGGAAGCGGAUCGGGAGACCCCCCCGGGCGCUGCGGAAGCCGGAGGCGAAGGCCGUGGCGGUGUCGGAUGCUGUUCCACCGGCUGAGCCCCUCCAUCGGUCCGAUUCGUUCGGCAGCCUGGACGGCUCCACAAUCGGCCCGGACGGCGUGCGCUACUCCAAGUCAGGCCGCCGCAUUGGCAAACCCCAAAGGUUGGGAGUGGUCGACUCGGAUGAGCUGAUGCAGAAGCAAGAGGAGGCGCCGCCAUUCCCGGCGGGCCCGGCCCGGAGGAUGACGUCAAUCCUUGGGUCGUUUGAUGACCUCACCGCGGCGAUCGACCACCUGGAAAAGCCGGCAGCCAAGGUGCCACGGAGAGAGCGGAGCGCCGACCGAGUGCUUGACGAGAGAGCGAUCCUCAGCGGCAUCCGGAAACGGGUCGCCAGCAGCAACAAGCUGUCGGCCUUCGUCACAAGCUCGGGGAAUGACGUCAACGAGCGGGACAGCGGCGUGGCGGCGGGCGCAGCGGCGGGUUCGGGAGAGGAGGCGCAGAGCGCACGGACUGGUGUGAACGGGCCGUAUGACGGGGCUAACCGGCCGCACAAUCCGCUGGAGAGCCUAUUCACAGCGGUGACAGCCCACGAGGAGCGGAAUGAGGAGAUGGGGGAGAAAGUGGACGGAACGGAGACAGGGGACGAGUCGCUGGCGGUAGAGCAGCUGCUUAUAGCGGUCGCGAAUCCGGUUAUGGCCAUGGGUUUUAACUUGUCGAGUACGGAGGAGGGACUAAUACCCGGCUUGUUAGUGAAGUCCGCGCCGGAUCCACCGGCCCCGGUUAGCGACCCCCCGGGCACUUCUUCGGCCCCACAUGAGGUGACGGCAAACGGUCAGGAGAGCGCCCCGGUUGAAGACGCGGGGGCCGGGAGCAGUGGGGAACAAUUCGGGGCCUCGGAGGUUCCAAGUGACAUUCUGCUGGGCAACACGUUUAGCUCGUCCGGCGACCUGGCAGCCAUGGCCGCGUCUCUGAUGUCGCCUGUACGAAGACCAGACCGACCUCCAAGGAAAGGGGGGAAGCGGGCGUUUUCGUCCAUUGCACGGGUUGGAUCUGUGCCCGGGAUCGCGAAUCUAGCGGCUCCCUCUGAAGGAACGUCGGUCUGAUUGUAACAACGUUGUAAUCUAGGAAAAUAGACGGGUUCUUGCUUCUUUUGUCCGCAACAAAAGCAACCAUAUUUUAUUCUGGGAAUAGAUGGUCUAGGUUUUACGCAUGAGUUAUGGUAGGACUGGAGUGAGGUGAUUGAUGUGCACUGGGCAGGAAAGAAACAAUAGAUAGAUUGUAUUUCAGGUGAUUCUGCUCUAGAGUUGCCCGGUAGAUUUGCUCAAGGUCCGACCGGAUCAAGAAGCAGGCUUGGCUAGGGAGUUGGGUUCUGUGUUUCAGUUGUCAUCAGACGGCCAAUGAGGUGGUGUCCCAAUCGGUUUUUUUGGCACAAGGAACUUUUACACUUCAACCCUGUUUGGAGGAAAGCUUUGUACCAAUUAUCUGAUCUGGCCGUUUAAGCCUCGUAGAUUUGUGGGUG